CGGAACGCAAGUUUCAAAGUCAAACAAUACUGGUAGAGUGUGUGACCUUAAAACAUUCAAGGCCAUUGAAGAACGGUUUGUUUGAAAAUAUUAAAAAAAGCAACUUUAAUAUACUUGGUUGUAAAGAUCAUUUUCAAAAAGAUUAUCAACAGAGGAAAUUAAUCCAUAAUUUUUUAAGAAAAAUUAAAAUAUACAAUUCUUUAUUUAGUAAUAAGUACUGAAAUGGUAAUAUCGCCCAAAUUGUAUCAUGUUCAGAAAAUUCGGCAACUUUAAAGUCAUUAAUCGACUUCAUCAUGGGCUCUUCAUUAGCAGGAAUAUUACUAUUGAUAUUGGUUCAGACUUUUUCACCUCAUCUUAUCAACAUCUUGAUAAUUUAGUAACGUCAACAUCUAGGCCUCAACAUGUGGUAGAAGAUAUUAGCAGGCUCUGCAAUAAAAGAUAUGAAGAGUUAAACAAGCUUCCUCAUCUUCAUAAGAAUCCCUCUGUGGCUUAUAUUCAACUUCUAUUGAAUGAGCAACUUCCGACAGUAACCAAUGAUAUUCAGACAAAUGUAAACUUUAUUGAAGCUAAGAAUAUUAUAACUAAGAACAGUAGCAAUCUAUCUUCGACUGAGCUUGUAGAAGCUACUUAUAAUCUUCUUCUUCUCGGUGAAAACCCCAGUGAUGAGUUUAUGUCCAGAUUGAUGACCGACUGUGCUAUGAAAUCUUCAGAAUUUGAUAUAAAAGAGAUAUUAUUGUUUACCGAGCUAUUAAGAAGUGCUAACAAGUCUAUUCUCUGGUGGGGUAAACCCGUCUUGGAUCGUCUACUAUUACACGUCAGAGAUAAUAAUAGAAUAUGGAAAGAAGCUGAUGUAAGAUAUUUGUGUCGGUCGGUAAUUAAUUUAUAUACAAUAUUGUCCGACGAGGGCCUCUACGAAUUAAGUAAAAGAGUCUUUGAACUAUCCAAAAUUCCGGGAUUCCUUGAUGAUAUUGAAAAUGCAUCUUCUCUGAUAAGAACGACAAGCCAAUUUUCGUACAAAUUUAGGGAAAGUCAUUAUAGAACAGAAGUAAGAAAAUCUCUUCAAGACAUUAUUAAUCAAACGUAUCCACUUAUAUCUACCAUGAAAUCGGAUCAUAUAGCUGAAAUAUGUCAUAGUCUUAAAUCUUGUAUGUUCUAUCAAGCUCCUUUUUCUGACGAAGCUCAGAGGCGAGCUGUUGAACUUUUAAACAGAGAUCUACCUGUUAAAGAAAUAUCUAAUCUGUAUUUUGCUCUAAAUGCCCGAACUCCAUCUGACAUCGUUUACUUAUUCGAGCAAGCAAUUCUACCUCGCUUUAACGAUAUGGAUAUUGUUCUUUUAUCGAAUAUUGCCCUGUGCUUGAAUGAUAGUAAUUGUUCAAAUACUGAUGUUAUUUAUAAAUUUCAAGAGCAAGUUGCACGUCACGCUAACCUAUUGACGAAGUAUGUUUCUCGAUACGAGAAAGUCAUAAAAUUUAUUGUCAGACGUAAAUUUAUAGACGUUAAACAUCAAGAGAAGUUCACCGACGCUCUUAUGAACAAUCUAGAAAAGCAACAGUUUCUUGGUAACUGGAUUAUGCCAAAAAUAUGUUCCUACCUCAUCUCAGCUUGUACAACACAAUUAUCCGACAACCUUUACGACAAGUUAUUGAAUGCUAUGCAUAGGUGGUCUUUCUCUGGGUUAUAUAAGCUUGCGUCCGGCCUCAAUAUGAUUGACAGACAACAUAACCAGGUGCUUCAGCGUCAGAUAUCUAAUAUUAAGCGUCAUUUACAUUCAACUAUUGCUCAGAAGAUUGAUAAUGAGAAGAAUAUUAGCAUUGACUAUCUCUAUCAAUUAGCAACUGGACUGAUUGUUUUUAAUAAAAGUCGAGAUUCAGUUCUCACUGAAAAGGUGAUGGGUAAAUUUGUCGAAAGCACUAAAAACCUAGAUCCAAUUUCUGUCAAUAAAGUUGCUCGUACGUUUAGGGAUCUUCGCUAUCACCUUCCACCAGUCUACGACAAUCUUAUUGACUAUACAAUUAAUUGUAAUAAUCAAGAACUUAAUCUUACAUCCGUUAUGAACGUCUUAAGAAGUUGUGCUCUCGUCAACUACAAACCUAAGAACUUCAACGCUUUUCUUGAUAUCAUUUUUCAUUUUUACAAGGAGCUUAGGGAAAAUAAUUCAAUUUUAGCUCAAUUGAACUGCCUUCAGAAUUUGGCUCUUUUAGAAGUCUUCCCAAUUCAUAUUUUAUCCGAAAUGUUCACUUUGUCUAGCAUUAGCCUAAUUGAUGAAUUUAUGGAUAAAAACCCACAAUCCAGAUCGGAGAUAUUGCGAUUGCUCUUUUGCUUAAAUAGAGCUAUUAUUUUGGAAUGUCCUAGUUUAAAUAUUCCUUGGUUCAUGGAAUACUAUUCUAAAGAGUUUCGUUCACGCCCAUCCCGUCUGUCUCCGUUUAAUGAACGAUUCCUGAGAGAGGUGAAUAAUGCACUUGUGGAUUUACUGAAUGGAAAAGAGUAUUUCAGAUCUUCAGUGGAUAGCCCAUAUUAUCAUCAAAUAAGUUAUGAGUGCAUUUUGGACGAUAAAAAAAGACCAGUAGAGGUGUCAGGAGCAGAUAUUCCUGUGAGAGAAGAUUGGGAUAGAUUAGCAAUUUUGACUCUAUUUGAAAACAACUAUUGCUACGAUUCUCAUCGUUUGACUGGAAAUUUCUCUGUUCGAAACAAACAUUUAAAUAUAUUAGGAUAUCGAGUAAUUGAAGUUCCAUAUUUCGAGUGGUUUUCUAUGGGUUUAAGUGAUUGGAAGUCAAAAGUGCAUUAUUUAAGAAAAAAAUUGUUUUUUGAAUAGUUUUUUGUUAAAUAUAAAAUUGAAAAUAUGAAUUUAUAUCUCUAUUUUUCGAAGUCCGUGUAUAUUUUUUGUAUAGAAAAUCAUUAGUCUUUAAGUGGAACAAUUCCAUCAAGGCAUCAUCGAGGUAAGUUGUUUGUUGUUUUUGAGUUGUUACCUCGCGUGUCAGCCAAAACGUAUAUAAAGGGUGCCGUUUUCAGUCACAGUUAGGAGACCAAAUUGGUUGGUCUCUUCACUCUUUGGUUAUCAGCUCUAGUAAGUUGAAAUUUCUUUUUUCGAGUAUUUCUGGUUACAUAACUUUCGUUUUUUACAGAAAAAGUAGACAACUAGAGUAUUAUAGUACUUGAAACUCUGAAGAGGGCCCAAUGCCUGCUGUUGUCUUUAACGCUUCAUUUAGUUGGGCAAAUUCUGGUCAUUGGUACUCCCCAGCUGUUGGAAACUCCCAAUGACUUGAACUGACGAACAUAUUCUCUUGUGUUCACUCCUGUAUUCGCGCUAUUAUUGGCGACGAUAUGUUGUGGAUUCAACAAUUGUCGAGUAAUAGAGAGUACAAUUAGUGCCUACUAAAAAUGAAGGGUGCAUCUUCUUUUUUUUUACUGCAAGUGUCGAAAUUGAACCUACUCCUCUCCUUGACCAACCUCAACCUUCAUUUUUCUCCAAUGUGUCACGUUAAAUCACAAUGUGUUUGGUAUUAACAAUCGUGGUAGUGUGGUACAAUUGGUAGCUACGGGAACUGGAGAAUACAUCUUCUUUUUUUACACGCAAACGUCUAAACAAAGACAAUCACUUUUUUGUCUAAAUACCGAAAGCACUUUUUCAAGUUCGGCUGCAAGUUCUCGUCAUCAGUACCGCCUUCGUAUUAACUGCGAUAAAGUACUUGGAUAAGUAUUUGUCCAGUAAUAUGAGGGAAACUGAUGCCUGAUUGAGCUUUAGAAUAUAUCGGUUUUGAUUCUCAUACUUGAUAUUUAUUUGAUAUUUUGUCUAUUUGUAAUUGCAAAAUUUCACUUGUAUAAUUGUAACUGAAGGAAAGAAGAAAAUUUUAGAGCUGUUUUAACAGAAUAAAUUGAAAAAUUUACCAAUAGAAUUUUGAUCUUAUUCUCAUUAUUUCUAAUUAGCUUUCAAAAUUGUUCUUUAAACAAUCGGGA